ACAUACGAUGCGUCAUAGUCGUUUAUUCGUGGUAUAGAAUAUCUCCCUAUCUACCCGAUACGGAAAUAUCGAUAAGAUAAUCGAUCGUGAACGUUGCUCACGUCAAGAUGUUGUUACGGUUUAUUGGUAGUAGUGUGCACACCUUGCCGAACGAUGGACGGGAACGCGAGAAUGUCGAAAAACGAAAAGGGAGGAGAGAAUAAAGAUCGAAAUUCCGGGCGUUGUCCAGAAACGAGGCAGCUGGUUAAAACGGAGGAGAAAGAGGACGUGGUGGAUGCGGAGGAAGAGAGUGUUUCUGUGGCACAAUGUAUCCCUUCGUCGAGCGAAACCCAGCAGAGCGACAUGGAUGGAUGGCCGUUCAGAAAACCAAAAGAUAUGAACGACGGAACAAUGUCCCCAAAAAUCGUCCAGAUUGAUGUCGAUCGAAAUGCAGAAAAUUAUAAUAUGUAUCACAAGAGAAGGGGCGUUGCCUUGAUCUUCAACAACGUUUACUACACCAAAAUGUCAAUCAGAAAAGGUUCUGAAAAGGAUUGCAAGGAUUUAGCUCAAUCUUUGCAGAAUCUAGAUUUCGAGGUCCGAAUAUACGAAGAUCCAACUCUGGAAACGAUUCUUACUACUUUACGAAACACCUCUGCGGAAGACCACACGGAUGCCGACUGCCUGAUCGUAACGGUCAUGUCGCACGGAGAUUCUAAUGCGUUACAUUCGGCGGACAGUGUCUAUUCCGCCGAUAUGCUCUGGAUACCCUUCACUGCUGAUCAAUGCACUACUCUAGCCGGGAAACCGAAAUUAUUCUUUAUUCAGGCUUGCCGCGGUGAUCAGUUAGACAAUGGAGUUAUCGUUCAGCAAAGUGGCUAUGUAGACGUUACGGAUAGUAGAACAGCCGAUUCCUAUAGCAUCCCAACGUUCUCUGAUAUCAUGGUGGCUUACUCGACUCAGGAUGGUUUCUAUUCCUGGCGCAAUCCAGAUAACGGUUCCUGGUUCAUACAAGCCAUUUGCGAGGAAUUCAAUAUCCAUGGUCGAACUCUUGAUCUACUCACUCUGAUGACUUUCGUCAAUCGUCGAGUUGCCAUUAACUACCAAUCCUUCGUACCUGAACGAAAGAGUUUCCACAAGAAGAAGCAAAUACCGACUAUAGUCAGUAUGUUGACUCGAAUAGUGCGCUUUCCUAAAAAGAGUAUUUUACGUUCGAAACCGAUGAUAGACUCGGCUACCGAAGAAAACAAAACAUCCAAUAUCGAGAAGAAAACUUAUGGGACUAUGCCAUGCUGACAUCAUCGAGAUUACAAUCUUCGAAGUUGCAUAGAUGACAUCGUCUUUUAUUUUCUUUCCUUCCUUUUUUCUACAAUUUCUAUACGCACGAUUUAUCUAUCCAUGUAUGUAGCUUUCUUUUUUUAUGUAUACAUACAUAUACAUGUGUAUCGUGCUAGAAUCUUAGCUUUUAUAAAAGAAAAAAAAAAUAGAAAAC